AUGGGCAAGCACUUGCUACUGCCUGGUCUGCUCCUGGCCCUUCCUCUGACCGCAGCCUGGACAGCUUUCAACUGCCUAGUGACUGAAGGGUCUCGACUGCCUCUGGUCUCCCGCUUCUUCCUGAUCUGCCCCUUGGACUAUAGUCUGCCCCUCCUUGCCUUGUGUUCCUCAGUGACCAAUCUGACACAGGCUUUGGAGGCUGUGCCGCGAGGAGUGGAAGGGCUCUGUCUCACCGGCUCCACUUCUGUCCUGCCCCCGGAUGCCUUCUCCCACUUCCCUGGGCUUAAGGUCCUGGGGCUGAGCCUGAGACUCACCCAGCUCCUGCCAGGAGCUCUCCGGGGCUUGGGGCAGCUGCGGCAGCUUUCUUUCAUGGGCAUCAAAAUGGAUAAUAACCUUUACCUACCCUCUGAUGCCUUUGGCAACCUGAGCUCCCUCCAGCGCCUUGCUUUCCGGGGUCCCUGUCUGGAGGGGAGUGUGGGUGUCCGGUUGCCUCCCAGUCUACGAUGGCUGUCUGUCCAGCAGAGUUGCCUUCAGAAUGUGAGCACGCUGGCCAACAUCUUCCCAGACCUAGUGCUUGGUGCCUCCUCUGGGGAUGGCUGGACCCUGGACAAGUUGGACCUCUCCUUGAACAGAAAGCUGAAGAUGGCCAGCCCUGGGGCCCUCCAAGGUCUCAAGCUGGGGACUCUGCAUCUGGAUCACACAAACAUGGGGGCCACUGCAGUGAUGGAACUGGGGCUGCAGAGGCUGGAAAUCCUGUCUGUGGUGAAAACGGGCAAGGCCAAGCUGCCAGCCAGGGUAAUUGCCCACUUUGAGCUGCAGGAGUUGAACUUGGGAUUCACGCAGAUAGGGCACAUAGCUCCGGAGGACCUGUCUUCCUGUCACAGCCUGAAGAGCUUGGUUCUUGGCAGCAAUGGUCUGACUGACCUGCCGCCAGGUUUCCUGGCUGCCAUGCCCAGGCUUCAGAGACUGAUCCUGAGAGACAACAAUCUGCAGAGUGUCAUGCUCUGCACAAAUGAGGCAGGGGCUGAGUCAGGACUGCAGACCCUAGAUCUGUCUGCAAAUAGGCUGCAUACCCUGCCUCCUGCCACUUUCUCCUGUUUGCCCCACCUGCGGAAGUUGCUACUUGGGGAAAACCAGCUGGUUUGCCUGGAGGGCCAGGUGUUCAAGGGUCUGAGGCGGCUGGAGACGCUGGACUUGGCCGAGAAUCCACUGGUGACCCUAGGCCAGGGCUGGCUGGCUCCUCUACUUGCACUGACCACCCUAAACUUGCUAGACACCCAAAUGGUGCUGAGCCCAGCCUGGGAUUUACAGGGCCCAGAGAAUCUUCACAACUUGGGACUGAGGUUCCCUUCUGGCCCUUCUGGGGUAGUGUUGUCCUUGCCCAUGAGGCUGACCAGUUUGGAGCUUCAAGCAGUCUCAGGUAUGGAGCCUUGGAAGCUGGCUCCUAAUGUCUUUCCGGUCUUGCAGACCCUGACUCUAAAUGGCUGGGGACUGUGGCUAGAGGCCCAGAGCGUGUCCAAGAUCUUCCCUGCUCUUCGCCACCUCUCCUUGCUUGGCAACAGCUUGGAAGCCCUCUGCUCCCAGGACACCUCCAGCUUCCUCUGGCAGCUCCCUGGGCUCAAACAGCUGAGUGUGAGGGGGGAUGGGCACAGCCCCAGGCCCUGCUGCAUCACAGGGCUGCCCAGCUUGCAGGAGCUGCAGCUGCAAGGACUGCAGUCCAGAGACCGGCCCCGCCCAGUGCUGCUUGAGGAACUGGUGCGUGAGCUGCCAAAGCUCGAGGUGCUGCAGCUGAGCAGAACAGGGUUGGAGACACUGUCUGCUACCGCUUUCCAGGGUCUGGGCAGCCUCCAGGUCUUAGUGCUUGACUGGGAGAGAGGCCUUGUGCUGGACAGCAGCCUCCAGGAACAUAGUCCCCAGAUGCCCCAGUACAUGUAUUUUCUGAUAGUGUCUUUGGCCUGCAAGUGUGUCAAUGCAUGGGUGGGGCCCUGGCUUGAGCGGUCCCCCAGAACAUAUAUGCACAUAGUAUCACAACAGCUGUGCGAGCCAGAAACCGGGGGCCACUCCAAGAAUCCCCUUUUCCCCUUUCUCUGGAGCCACUGCCCCAAGACUUUGGAACUGGAACUCUUUUUGGGCAGCUUUGCCCUGCUACUUCUGCUGAUCUCCUUGCCCUUCCUACAGGAAGCCAGGAACUCCUGGAUCCUCUAUCUCCAGGCCUUGUUCAGGGCUUGGCUCCAGGGUCUGAAGGGCCAGAGGGGUGAGGCCAAGAAGUUCCUCUAUGAUGUGUUCGUGUCCCACUGCAGGGAAGAUCAGGGCUGGGUGGUGCGGGAGCUGCUGCCUGCUCUGGAGGGCUGCCCUCCUGCUGGCCCGGGGCUGCGCCUCUGCCUCCCUGAGCGGGAUUUUGAGCCAGGCAAGGAUGUGGCAGACAAUGUGGCAGACAGCAUGGCGGGCAGCCGGGUCACCCUCUGUGUGCUGAGUCAGCAGGCCCUGCUCAGCCCCUGGUGCCGCCUGGAGCUCCACCUGGCCACCUCCCUGCUGCUGGCUUCAUCCCAACCCCCAGUGCUGCUGCUGGUCUUCCUGGAGCCUGUCUCCCGCCACCAGCUCCCCCGCUACCAUAGGCUGGCCCGUCUGCUUCGCUGUGGAGACUACCAUGUGUGGCCCAAGGAAGGUGAAAACAAGGAUGACUUCUGGGCUUGGCUGGGGAGCAGACUGGAGCAGUCUAGGUUGUGGUAGAGUGGGUGCAUGUAUAUUGGAGGGUGGGCAUAGGAAAAACAAGCAGCCUCGCAGGGAGAGAGUGGGUAUGUGUGGGUGUGCAACCAAACUCAACUUCUGGUGAGAGGGGGUGCUGCAUGUGCAGAGAGGAUCGAUGAUUGGGAACACAGGAUUUGGGAAGGCUCUGGAGGCUGAAUGAGAAAGUUUGGACGAUGGCAAGUGGCUGUGCAGAUGUGAUGUGAUCUCAAAACCUCCAAAUCCUCUCUAAAUUGACUAAGUCCACAACAUUCUUGGCCUGACUGGGUUUUUUUAGAGAGAAACUUACAUGAGGUAGAAGGCUCACAGGAACUGAAGCCCAAAGCAAAUAAGGUUGGGAAUUCACAAAAAGCACAGGGAAGGAGGGAGGGUAUGGGACAGUCCUACGCUGUGGGAUGGGGACCAGGCCAAGUUCAACCAGAUCUUCAAGGGGUAGAAGAGGGUUAUAGAGGGAUUGACAACUGAGGACCAAAAGGACUUGAGCAUCUGGGACCCUGCUCAGGAGGCAGCAGACUGGUUGUCUGUUCCUGCAAUAAAAACAUGAAGGUAUGUUCACAUUGUGGACUUGUUUCAUCCUCAUAGCAAAAUGUGGAGGAGGAAUCCACCCUCCUGGGCACUCUGAGCUCUAGCCAUGCUAAAUUCCUCAUAGCUUCCAGAAAUACCAUGCUGUCUUCUUGCCUCUGGGUGUUUGCAUGUGCUGCUCCUUCUCCCAAGAACACCAGUCUGGGGAACUCCAACUUAUUCUUCAAGAUUCAGCUCAGCCACCACUUGCUCCAGAAGCCUUCCCUGAUCUCCCAGCCUGGAGGAAGUGCUGCCUCUGGGCUCCCACAACUUCCUGUACUUUACUUCCCUUUCUCAAAGUACUGAUCACACUGUAUCUUCUUUCAAGUGAUGGGGAGCCCCUGGAGCAGUGGUUUCCAAAGUGGUGUGCACAGAUGGUCCACUGGAGUUUAGGAAGAAUGUCAUAACUUCUAUUUCUAUUUAUUAUUAUUAUUUAAUCUCAGCUUACUUUGAAGCCAGCCUGCCUGCUUUUUAGCCAUGUGCCUUUAGCAUUUUACUUAAACUCUCUGAAACUCAAUUUCCUCUUCUGUAAUAUGGGAUAGUGUUAGACCCUCCCUCAAAGGGUUUUGUGAGUAUUAAAUUAGUUAAUGUCUAUAAAGCACUGAGAAUGGGACCUAAUGUAUUGUAAAUAUUCAAUAAAAGUUAGCUAUAUUUU